CGAUGAGAUUUCUCGCGGGAGCACCGCCAGCGUGUUGGAUUAAAAAAUUAAUUAAAAAAAAUAAAUGCAGUUUCUGCAGCCUUGCAGGUCUUGCCUCCCACACACCUUCCUCCUUCUCUCUCUAAAAACUCUAUCUCUUUCUCUCUCCUGAUUUGCCCAACAGCUAACAUCUUUCCACAUCGGUCUCUUCCUCUUUCUCUCUCUUAUAUUCUUUUCUUUUUCUGAUUCCUCUCUCUCUAUAAUAACACUCAUCUCAUCCCACCUUUCCUUUUUUUUUUUGUAUACUUGUUUUGUUUUUUCUAUUAAUUUCUCGGUUCUUAUUUGAAUCCUUGUUCGGCUGGAGAGGAGCUAUACUGAUCUGCACAGCUCUCUCAGGGUUGUCUUGAAGUAUUUGUCUGAAAGUGUUUUGUUACUAUUAGGCGUUGUAUAAAGAUAUAUAUAUCAGAAGAGGAAGAUGAAUCACUGUGCGAUCCAACAGAACGCCUUUGUGGACUGUGAAGGGAUGAUGGUGGGCUCUGUUGUUUGUCCGAAACCUCGCCGUCUCGGUCUCCUCAACACAGCGAUGAAUGAUUUCAACAGACCUUUGAGAUGGCAUAUGAGCUAUCAGACGGAUCUCUGUGACUCAAAAGCAGGGACUGAUCUUUUGGAUAUCAUCUUCGCUAAGGGUGGUUAUGGUGCCGAACAAAAUGUGACACAAGCAGCCUCGUCGCCCCCGUUUUUUUGUGGGUCGCCGCCGAGCAGAGUUUCUAACCCAUUAAUUCAAGAUGCUCGAUUUGGGGAUGAAAAGGUCACCCCGGUCUCGCCUCGCUCAAUCCCGGUUCCCUCUGGUAUGUCGUCCUCAUCCCCGUCUUCGUCCGCCGCCAGGAAAGGCGGAUGCGUCCGGGCAAAUUUUGGGAACAAGCCAGCUGUGAGAGUUGAGGGGUUCGAUUGUCUCGACAGGGAUAGGCGAAAUUGCAGCAUCCCUGCUCUGGCUUAGAUCGAACCCCCACCGAUACUGAAGAGUACAUAGGAAACUGAAUUCUAAUACGACGAGUUACACCAAAUUUGAUCCGGAGAAGAAAUUUAAACAUUUUCGAGAGAGAAGGGUCCUUUGCUAGUGUAAAUAUGUUCAAAGGGUCAUUAUCAUGUAUGUAUAGUGUCUGUAAGUAAAGAGUAGUCCUUAACCAAAAUAAAAGGGUGGUUUUUAGGUUUUAAGUUAUGCAGAGGUCUUGAGGAGAACCCUCUCUGUCAUGUAAGUAUGAGAGUAGGGGAAUUUUUAAAAUUUACUUCCGGUAUUGGGGGGUCUUCUGUAAGUCUGAAAUUUUAGUUGGCAGCCAUUCUCGAAGAGUUUCUGUAAAAAUCGAAGUCUGUAUUGAGUCGUUUCGGAGGUCACUUGUAUUGUAAAUAUGGUGGUUUAUUUAUGGACUGAACGUUCUUUGUUA